ACAACGGUUCCCUCAUAAGUUCGUGUAUCUCUUGCUUCAAAGACAAUAUGUGCAGCUACGUAAAGUCAUCCUGUUCCUUGCUGGUGCUGGUCCUGGCACUUGGAGCGGUUUCAGCUCAGCCGGCACGCCUGGCAAAGCAACUUCAGAAACAGCAGGCAGCACCCUACCCAUCCGCCGACGAACUAAAGCCGGAGGUUCCAUUCGAGGAAGGAGUCCCGGAUCAGACAUAUGGACCACCGGAUCUGACCUACGGCCCACCGCCCACAGAUGCAGUUGAGCAGCUACCCAGCGAUGAGGAGCCGCAAGACUUUACACCCGAUCCGGAUGCAGAGGAAGUUCAGCCUAUCCAGCAGGCACCCGCUCGUCUGACCAAGCAGAUUAGGAGCGGUCCACGAGCUCAAGGACUGAUUCUGCUCUCUUCCAGUCCAUUGAGAGUGGCUAAUUCCAAUGGAAUCCCAUUCCCAGUGACCAUUCAAGCCCUGUGGUAGGAAUACUAAAGAACACUCAUCGUACUGAUUUUUAUAAACAUUAUAUUAAUUAUU